CCAAAACAGUCCAUGCAUACCUUCCAGGAACCCCAGGUGACCUCAAACAACAACGAGGAGGACAUUGUUGACGAGGAAGAGGAGGAGAAUGUGAGGCAGGCAAGCAGAGGAUCCAUUUGCCCCGACAGCCAAGAACUGUUUUUAACUCUGGAGCCCGUCCCUUCACAAGACCAGUUGGCAGCAGAGUGUGAUGCCAGGGAAGACACCUCGGUGGGACAGAGACUUUCCCAGAUUAGAAGGCAGAAGAAGAAGAUUUGGAAGGACAUGUUCAAUGAGUUAAUGCGUGCCUCUGAAAGUGACAAGACGGAGCUCAGUGCAUGGAGGAUUACACUGUCCGAGAACCUGGACAUGGACAGGGAGGACAGGAGAGCCUUCAGGGAACAAGAGCGUGCCAUGCAGGACGAGAUGCUGCAGAUUUUGAAGGAGCAAUCAGACAUGUUGAGGUGUCUGGUUGAGGUUCAAGAGAGGCAGCUGGAUGCUAGAGACCCUCUGCAGCCUAUGCUGAACCUGCUGCCAUCAUCACCCAGUUCUACAUCCACCUCCCCCAAAUGUCCUAUGAGGUGGGGGGAGCAAAGGGGUGGGUGGGAAAGUUCAGUAUUGCUUGCACUCAACACCAUGGGGGAGGGUACAAGGACCAGAAGGUGCCCAUUUCCACAACGUUGGUUGUUAUCGCAGUGCAUCUAUAAGCAAGCUUUCUUUCUCCUCCCCCAAUAGUGUUAUCAGCCCUUUUGCCCCAGAUUA